AUGAGCCCGGUCAAACGACGUCGCGUAAAUCCAUCUCCGUCACCAUCCGUUGACGACCGCUCGAUCCAAUCCCCCGUUGAAUCCUCCUCCGACGAACUGGCCGCCGGCUCCGACCGCGACGAAGCCGAGCGCCGUCGCGCCAGCUGGUCGCUGCAAAAAGUCUACCCUCCGCAACGCCCGUACCCGCGCUCACGCAGCUACAGCGGGUCGGAGAGCCCCGACGAGCUGGCUGUCGAUGCAGAUGUUUACUGGCGGACGUCGCGACGGGGUCGUGGGCGCCCCGCGCGCAGCCCGACUCCGACGGAAGUGAGUGAGGAUUAUCAGGACGAUCACCGCGAUCAGAAUAUGGAUGGCGGGGUCGACGAUACCCCGAUGGCCGACGACUACGAAGAUCGCUCGCCGACACCCGUGCCACCACCGCCGCCGGUGCCCCCGAAACCCGAUAAGCUGGAGUAUCGCGCCAAGUUCUUGCUCCGGGGACAUUUGCGGGGGGUGUCUGCUGUGAAGUUUUCGCCGGAUGCUUCUAUGAUAGCGUCGGCGGGUGCCGAUGCGGCGGUUAAGGUCUGGGAUACUCGCACCGGGAGACUUAUAAACACCUUUGAAGGCCAUUUAGCCGGCAUUUCGACCAUCUCGUGGAGCCCGGACGGGGCGACUAUCGCAUCGGGGUCGGACGAUAAGACGAUCCGGUUAUGGAAUGUGCUGACGGGCAAAGCACACCCCAUCCCCUUCGUGGGCCACCACAACUACGUCUACCAGAUUGCCUUCUCCCCCAAAGGCAACAUCCUGGUCAGCGGAUCCUACGACGAAGCCGUCUUCCUCUGGGACGUGCGUUCGGCCAGCGUGAUGCGAUCGUUGCCGGCGCACUCAGACCCGGUCGGCGGCAUCGACGUGGUGUGGGACGGAACGCUGAUCGCGUCGUGCGCGACGGACGGACUGAUCCGCAUUUGGGAUACAGCGACGGGUCAGUGCCUGCGGACGCUGGUGCACGAAGACAACCCGCCGGUCACGUCGGUGCGGUUCUCCCCCAACGGAAAGUUCGUCCUGGCGUGGUCGCUGGACGACUGCGUGCGGCUGUGGAACUAUGUCGAGGGGCGUUGCAUCAAGACGUACCAGGGACACGUCAACCGGAAGUACAGUCUUUCGGGCGGGUUUGGCGUCUACGGGCUGCCGGGGGCGCCGGCGGAGGCGUUCGUGGUCAGCGGAAGUGAGGACGGGGCGGUGCUGUGCUGGGAUGUGGUGACCAAGAAGGUUCUCCAGCGGAUUGAGGGGCACACCGGGGUGGUGCUCGGGGCGGAUACGUGUGCGCUGGAGGGCAAACGCUUGAUGGUCAGUUGUGGGAUUGAUGGGACGGUCCGAGUGUAUGAGGAGGCAGACCCGGAGACAGAACCGAAGACAGAAUCGCACACGGUUAAGGAAGAGAGUCAGGAAAAAGAAGCGCCCGAACCGCAGGACACGGAAAUGGGCGAAGGAGAAUAGUUGGGCAUAUCUGGCGUUGGGGAGGGUUUUCUGCUGUUUUCUAUCCCAUAUUUAUAUAGAGAUGAUGAUGAUGAUAAUUGAUACCAGU